GGCCGCGAUUUUUGACUGUCGUGUGCAGUGGUGCAAGUAGCUACUGCAAGUUAGUCGAAAACACACCAACAUGUCAUCAUAGAAAUGUUUCUUAAAGAUGAUUGAAGACAAUUUGUUAUCAAGAAACCACAGGUGCUCGACUUCUGUGCGGUUUGAUUGAUAGUAAUUGACUGGAGCCUAAUUAAGAUUGCACGCACAAUAAAUAAUGCCUGUGCUGGUGAAGAUGGGGAAACCAGACCAUGAGCUUGAGAGAGUUAUGAUGUCGAAGAAAAGGGGCGCUGCAUACUUUCAAAUGCUCAACAACUUCAUGGAGAAGCAAAAUGAUCGAGAGCAUCCAGAACCACAAAUAUGCACCGUGGAGAUGAUGAAGAAGUUACUGACCCUGCUGCAAGAGGAGCUUGCCGUCAAACGUUUUGAUGAUGCAAAAGUAGUCGUCUCAACUAUCCAGUUCCUGGCACAUUUCCCUGAGUUUCCAGAGGGAAUUUCCGUACUCCUCUCAAAUGGAUUAAUGAACCUACUAGUUUAUGUCAUGGACGAGGCGCAGAAAUUUGUCUCCAAAUCCGACGGUUCUGUUACAAAUACAUCAGCUGAUGCUCUCAUGGAAGUCAUCAUGGAGACAAUCAAUGAUGUUGCUGAUUGCGCAGAAAAUACUAAGAGAGAGGCUGUAAAUGCAUUCACAACGAAACUCAUGAAACUGAUUGUGUGUUCUGAGAAAAAGUUUCGUGUUCGUAUGGAAGCGUUACGGACACUGAAUCUUCUCCUGGAUGGAUGUGAUAGCGAAGCAGUUCAGGAACUUCACAACUUUCUACCCAAUGUUAAGCUUAUGGGAUCAAUGGCAGAGUUUUUGACAACGGCUGGAGAUUUUGAAAUGCAAGUUGCCUGCACAGAGUCUCUAGUGAGGAUAGUUAAGAGGGCAGAUAGAUCAACGCUUGCUCAUCAGUGGUUUACUGAUAACGACUUCGCUGGAGCUUUUAUGCAGAUCAAAGAUGAAACAUUCGAAGCGGAUUGCCGCAAGUUUCUUAACUAUGUGAAUGAAUCUAUUGGGAAGAAAAGAAGUGUGUUCUCCCUGCCUUGCAUAAGUGCAUAUCUUGGAUCAUUCAAGCUGAAAUGUCCCCUUGAUGUAAACCUGAAAGAUUUCUGGGUGGAUUUCAACACGGUCAGUAACACCAUCACUCUGUACAUUGCUGAAGAUGUAAACAGUGAGAAUAAUCAGGAAGCAGGGAUGUGGGAGACUGUCACCAUACGGAAGGAGUCUGUGGAAAAAUUCUAUCACACAGAAAAAGGUGAUCGUCAAGCGUUGUUCAUAACCCUGAAUGUACCGCCCUCUAACCUUGUGGCUUUCUGUACGAGUGGUGAUAGACAAGUCAGAAUCCUCUUUGAUUCACAGCUAGACAUCGCAACACCGGUACUAGCUGUGUUUGGAAAAGAGCGUUCAAGAAACUCCAAAUAUAAAGCAUCCGUCAGCCAGAUCAAUAUUCAAGUCCAUCGCGAUGAGUUUGACAGUCCCGGUCCGCAAAGAAACAUCCGCUCGGCUGAUGAGGGUAGUGACACGGUCUCUAUACAGAGUGCUAGGAUCUAUGGGCUAGAGGAGGGUGCUGGCCCACGCCCAUCAGGACCUGUUAUGCCACCCCCAGUGAGGGUACCCUUGGAGCCCUCAUCUGGGAUCUCCCACCAUCCAUCAGGACCCCAUGGUCAUUCAGCAAGGUCAUCUGUACCGGUGAAGAGAGUUGGGACUGCUGAAGACUCAAUCACGCACAAAGUUUCCAUUCCACUCAGCCCAAUGAGAACCCCAAGCAGGAUGAUGAGUGAAACAUCUUCAGUGUCAUCUACGACUCAUGUACCCUCCAACAGAUCUCUCGCCAAGAAGUCAGAUUUCAUCCAGCCUAAGACGCCAGUCAAGCCUACCCCACCUACAGUCAAGAGGGUCAAAACACCUUUACAGAUUGUGGUCGGCGACAAAACAAAUACAGAUAGCGGCAAUGAGUCCAAUGCUACCUUCUCAUCCUCCAUCCACAAGAAAGCUUCUUCAUCCUCCGGGGUCAGUAUCGGCUCUACCUGUACCCCCGAUCUGCUCCGACAGAAACUCCUUCAAGUUGGGAGACGGCGUAAAGAGACCUCUGGAAGAGAGAAUUGUCAGGAAGGAAGAGGGUUAGGAGGAGGAGGGAAGCGUCAAGACGGAAGCAAGUCUGAUCCUGGAACUUCAGCCAGUAAGAAAUCCAAACAGGAUUCGACGCAAGACAAGAGACAGCUCCGGUCACGUGGCGAUGACGUGACUCAAACUCUACGAGCUAGCAGUAUGUCGAACCUGGCAGGGCCUCAAAGCGAUGAGAUAUCUGCCAAGCAAGAUGUCGAUGGAGCAAAUGGUCCCAAAGAAGUGACUGAUGCAAAGAAACUGUCUCGGAAGAAGUUUAGGUUGUACACUGAAGGAGGGAUGAUGAUGGGGUCGGAUGAAGGGGACCAAGAUAACACUGAUGCAGAAAUGGUUAUCCCAAGUUCCAUUCCGACCCAAGAGAGUAUAGAAGUUAUUCCUGAGUCACUUCCUCCCUCUGGACAGCCCCUACAAACAGACCAAGAUCAGUCUACUUCAAGGACCUUGGAUAAAUCAAGUUGUGUUCCACCAUUCUCAGUCACCAAGAGUCCAUCUCUAAGUACUUUGACUGAAGAGAGUGCACAGACUAGUCACAGCAGGAGCAAUAAGGGCACUACACCCAACAUGAAUGAACACGAUGAGGAGUCACAAGUAAGACAAAUGCUUAGACCAAGAGACGCCCAAAAGUCUCCUCUUCCAGUGGGAAACAAAAACCCCAGUCGUCAAAAUGCUAAAGAAAGAGGCAACAGAGUUAAUCAGAAAGCAAAAUAUGGUUCGUCAACAAGUGGUCCGAACGACACAUCUGAUGGAAUAGAUGAAGAAUCAGAUGCUGAUGAUGAAGAAGAUGAGCAAAUGAGAACCUCCUCAAGAAAAGAUGUUUCCAUCAAACCCAGCAAGAAGAAUGAAAUCAUCAAAGAUCAACCAACAAGCCUUAGUGACAAGAUCAAAGCCACAACAAAUCAGACUCAAGACGCAAGUCCAAAGAAAUUCACCAGCAUGCCACCCUCUAGAGCGUUCCGCAAAAAAUCUAAGACCCCCGAGUCAAGCCAAGAGCUUUCUCAACUGGAGUUCACAUCCCAGAUGGAGAUUCGUCCUAAAAGAGGAAGACCUAAGAAGAAUGCUCCAAAAGAAGUUGUCAAGGGCAAGAAGCAAGUCGCUCAAAGAGGAAAACCGGGCAAGACUGUCACAAGUAACCCUGAGCCUAAGACGAGAAAUCGGCGUGCUGCCGCCAACAAGGCCAAGGAGAAGAUUCUGACCCAGAGUCAGCUCGGAGCAGCAACCAACUCUGAUAGUCACCUGUCAAAGUCCGAAUGCUCCACAGAUGACGCCAUCAGGAAGCCAAAAGGGACCACUAAGGCUGUCAGUUCAACUGCAGGAGAAUUAACACACCCUUACUCGGAAAAGAUACCAGUUCGAGUUCCAUAUAGACCAACCGCCUCCCAGAACAUAAGUCCAAAUACUCAUGACUUGUCUGUGUAUGAUUUCGUUGACUUGGAAGAAGGUGCUCGAUCCAAGUCGGCAAUCAGAAGUCCUUUUUAUUCAGCCAAGAAAACCUCAACCACUAAGGACAAGAGUCCUCCGUUUCUAUCGGCAAGUCAGAAUGUUCAAGACAUCUCGGUUUACGACUUCAACGAUAGUGAGAGUACCUCGACCCAAGGGAGAAGUAAACAGAUUCGCGGCAGGAAGAAGCAAACUAAGCCAGCCGUGAAAGGUGUUAAACCUCGGAAGAAAGCUCCAAUCAACAAGCCAAGAAAGAAGCAGCAGAAGAGUCCAGAACAACUGUCGGAUAUUGAAAGAUCAAGAGACAUCUCAAGACAAAAGCCACCACAGAAAACAAAGUAUGCACUAAGUCCAAUCGAGGUCAUUGAUGAUAUCGUAGGUUCCCCAAUAACCUAUGAAGACCUCUCGGAUAUUGGCCAACCAGAAACCGUAUCCAGAUGGCAACCAAAACAAUCAUCUAAGAAAUGUGCUGAAAAGGUCGACAAGCAACCGAUUAAUGUACCCGUUAAAAAGAACACAGAGAGAUCGCCAUCUAGCUGUGAAGACCUCUCGGAUAUCGAGCAACCAAAAACCACAUCCAGAUGGCAACCAAAGAAAUCAUCUAAGUCUAAGAAAUGUGCCGAAAAGAUCGACGAGCAACCAAUUAAUGUACCAGCCAAAAAGAACACCAAGACACCGUCAUCUAGUUGUGAUGAAGACCUCUCGGAUAUUGAGCAACCAAGAAAUGCUGCACCAAUGCCAAGAGGAUCCUUACCACAACUUCCUCUCUUACCAAGAAAUCUUGAUUCGGACGACGAGUAUUGCGACGAGGAAGUGAGCGACUUCAUAGGUACAUUAACCACUCAACAGAGGCAGUUCUUCGAGAGAGGACUGAAGAUAGUAAAGGAUGUCGAGACAACGAGGAAACCAAAACCUGCGAAGGGGAAGAAACUGCCACCAAAGGUGCCAAGGAGUUUGGGGAUGUCGCCAACGAAGAAGAUCAUUGUAAAAAGUGCAUCAAAGCCAAAAGUAAUAACAAUCUCUGAAGAAGAUGAAGAAGAAGACCUAGACAUGACACCAGCUCCCACAUCUGUCUCAAAACGUCACCAAGAAAAACCUAGCCGCUCUACCUCCCCAGUGCUAUCGUCGUCAAGAAACCAGCAAGAGAAAUCCUGUCCCUCUAUGACACCAGCCGUCCAAUCUGCCUCAAACCAUCACCAAGAAAAACUUAGCCGCUCUGCUUCCCCAGUGCUAUCGGUCUUAAGAAACAAGCAAGAGAAACCUUGUCCCUCCAGCACAUCAUCUGUUACAUCCGUCGCAAGAGUCCAAAAAGAAAGAGUAUCUCCCAUGAUGACACCAACUAUGUUGUCUACGACAAGAAAACGCCAACAACUUGCGUCUGUAACGCAAUCCAUUAAACUCUCUUCAUCAGGCAACCAGCAGGAGAGGCCACUCACCUCAACCGUCUCAAAGAAACUAAGAGAGGACAACAAGAGUGCGUCAUUGAUUAACUCAAGGAGUUUUGGAUCUCAGAUCGUUGAGGAGGAGUCGGAGGAGAUUGCCACUAGAGAAAGUGCAAGACGCAGAUGUGAUGAUGACGGAUCUGAAGGACUGGAUGAAGAUGUGAUUUCUGUCGAGAACUUCAGCAAGAUGUGCCAGAAAAUGGUUAAGAAGUCCGGCAAGGGAAUAGCAGCAGCUCGCCCACGUAGAAACAUUCCCACAAUAAACUACCAGUCUCAAGACAGUGGAUCUGAAUCGGGAGAAGAAUUGCCCAAAGACAGAUCUCAACCCUCUUCUGAAGAAGACGCCGUGCUUUACUCCAGGAAGAGGAGACAAGAUGCAGAUGACAGUUUGACUCGAUCCAAGAAGAGAAUAUCAUUGGAGACAGAUGCAGUCAGUGAAAGGAGUUGGCUCACUGAGAAACCAAAACAAAAGGUUUCAACAUACUCCAAGAAUCCAAACCAACAGUGGGUGACAUCAACGUCUAUGCUGCAACUGGACACAGUGAAGAAACCAAAGAGACAAGCAGAAAAGAGAACUAAGCUGCCACCAAACCAACCCAAGAAGAGGAAGAAGAAACAGAUCGUCUCGCCUGACUCGGAUAAUAAUGAAGAUGACGUGGGGGUAUCUGUGCAUUACUAUAGGGAGGAAAGUGCAGGCAUCGGUGACAGCCAACCAUGUCAAAAGGCUGUCAACAAAACCACAGUGAUUGACAAGCCUUCUAGAAAGGAAAACAUUACUCAGCCCAUCAGUGAACCAGAAGAUCUCUGCCCUCUUAUGCCCUCUGUUGAUGACUGGAUGGCAAGUCAGUACAUUGCUGAUCUAGUCACCCCACGACUUAGUCUUCACUCUACAAACUCCAGUAGAUGUAACAGCAUCGGCAAAUCACCAAAGGUGACAUUUGACUGUGACCCAGAGUCUGAUGAGGAUGUGAAUCUUCCGAACCAAGAACAGGACAUUCUGAAAUCUGGACCCUCAACCUGGCCAAGACCGAGCUCUUCAUCUCUGAAGAGGAAAUACGGCAAUCUCUUUACAAGUGACAAUGAGGAGGAGGGGGAGGAGGAAGAUAAUUACGAGGAGGAGGUGGGGAGGUCUGAGGAUGCGAACAGACUGACUGGUUCACUCAGGCCAAAGAAACUCUUCAAAGGAGCAGUCCUCCCAGGAGCCAACAUCGAGGCAGAUGAAGAUGAAGAUGAAGAUGUCUACGAAGAUGAAGACGAUAUACUCAACAGUGAUGGACAGACGUCUUCUACCGCCUCCAUGGAGAUUUUACCCACCGUCCAUAUCACUCAAAUGCUUAAAGCAGUCGGGGAGAACCUCAAACAGAAAAUGAUGACUAAGCGAAUUCAAGCCCAGAAGUUAACCGAUGGUGCAGUGAAAUCCACACAGAAAUCAGUCUUAAAUAUGUGGGCCAAGCAGCUUCAAGCAAGGAGCAAAUGUCAGGAAGAAUUUAAGAGUGUGUUAUUGAGUGAGCUACUGUCCUUAGAAACUGACUUGGGUAAUCUUCAGGAACAGUACAUGAAGAUGGAGGCAUACCUUAAGCAACAUCACCGCAAAGUGGCAUCCACACUGAUCCAACAUGUCUCUAGAGUGAAGUCUCUACAAUCUGAACACAGAGAAGAAAGUCGAGAUCUUAACCAUGAGCUUGGCAAACACCUGUUGCAGAGCGUCAAGCAAGUACUUGCACAGGAGAUGGUCACCAUGCAGAAGAAGCUCCUUCAAGAUUCGCAACAACAUGAGAUUCAACAGAUGAAGAGAAGCCUGCAGACGAUGCUCAUGCAAUAAGACCCAGUAAAGCCAUUUCUGCAUUAGGGGAUGUGGCUAUGGAUUGAUCAUCACAUUAUCAUGAAGCGGCAUUAAGCCGGCAGGCCCUCCCAAAAAAAUAUAUGUUUAGCGUCCCUUUAAGAGGCAAUCUCUUUUUCUCUUU